CAUAAGUGUCUUACUGUUGUAAUUGUGUAUACACACAACUCACAUCAGUGAUUCAUUUUCCCUCUACAGCCUUCCCAUCUCUUUCUCUCAUCAUCCUCUCUAGUAUUUGAAAUUCUAUUGCCUCUUUAUUAGGCAAUCGUGGAUUCUCCCCAACUUUGAUAAUUUGUUCCUUUCGGAUGGACCAGACAUCAAUUUCCAACAUAGAUUCUCCUAGGAUCCCUCGGACUAUUUCCACCAGUUAGUUCAACCGAUUUUCGACCAUAUUACAAGGGUCACCAACUACCAUACCAUUCUUUCAGAGAAGGAAAUCCCAUCUAAAUUGUAUCGCCCCAUGCAACCUGAAUGACCGACAAGUCCCCGGAAGUUCUGGCGACUGCCAACUUAACUCCAAUAUCUCCGGCGCCCCUUCACCUGUCUUCACCAGUAGUAGUGCCUGCUCUCCAAGAUCAGGCUGAUUCGCUCUACACCAUGUCGCUCUCCAACGGUGUCAGUCAGGACCCCACAGUACCUGCAACGGCCGGAGAGCAGGUCGAACCACCAAGACAGAAUGGUGCUCCUACCACGGACAGUCAGCAUGAGACUUAUGGCACCCAAAAUGCCAUCUCUACCAACAACACUGAGAAUGCUGAUGAUAUUGACGAUCUUGACGACCUUCAACCAGAUGACGAGGAUGACGGGGCUAUUGUUAAGAAUGAUAGUGCAGCCUUGGGCGGAGAUGGUAGAGAAAACGCCAACCAGGAUGUAAUCAAGACGAACAUCUCAGCCAUUAAUUCCGAUUCAUCUGAAUCAUUUGCAGACAACUCUGAUGGCGUCGAUUCUGCUAGUGACCAUUCAUCUGCAAACCCCCAAAUAGACCCGCGCCCACAAUCUCAGACUGGGAUCACAUCGUCGACGAACAAUACCGACGUGUCCCAGGCUGCUACGACGGCACCCACUGAGAGUAAUGACCACCUGCCUAGUACUACUAGCAACGAAGUUGACAUCCAAAGCCUCGUGGACAAAAUUAUAGGAAAUGCGCCCACGGCUGCAAUUGCCAACCCAAUCCCCACUCAAGAAGUGUUGUUGCCACCUAGACCACCUGUUCCACAACAACCUUCUUCAGCGUACGUGCAGUCAGAGGACAUUGCCCACACUCAGUAUCAGCCCACGUAUUCCAAUACCUCUGCUACCAUGUCUUCUCUCCUUCCUCCGCCCCCGGGCAACCACCUUGCCGGAGCCCCGGGAACGAUCCCGGAUGCCCAUAAUAGCCAUCCACCUCCGCCAGCGGCAUAUCCUCUUAAUGCCUUGCCAACCCAUCCAUUCCCGGUAGCACAAUUUGAUCCUGCUUAUGCUGCUGCUCCAGGCACGCAACCACAAAUCAUUGACCAACAGCCCCUACAGCGAUGGGAAACUUUCCUCCAAGAAGAACGUCGAUAUGUAUCAGAGGCUAAGUGGGACCGCUUUCCUGAAGGAUCAAGGUUAUUUAUUGGAAACCUAUCCAGCGAUAGGGUCUCUAAGAAAGAGGUAUUCGAUCUGUUUUCGAAGUAUGGUCGCUUAGCACAAAUAUCCCUGAAGCAAGCCUAUGGUUUCGUGCAGUAUCAUAAUAAGGCCGAAGGUCAAGCGGCAAUGGACCAUCUCCAGGGCUUGGAUGUUCGAGGACGUAGAAUUCAUCUCGAAUUUUCCCGCACCCAAAAGAAGGAGGGAGAGGGAGACAAACGUGGGAACAGGAACAAAAGAGACAAUGAUCGUCAUGAGGGUACACGCGGUCGGCGUGAUGAUUAUCGCCCUAGCCGACAACCGUCUCCUAGAAGAGCAAGCCAUCAUCAGCAGUCUUCUUACGAUGGUGGCCGUGACUACUACGAUGACUAUAGUUCCCGCGGCCGUUCUCGUUCUCCCGGUUAUGGGAGGCGGGAUUCGGGCCAUUACAGACGCCGUAGUCCUAGUCCGUAUCGCCGCCAUCCCUCCGAAGCCGACCUUGAUAUCCCUCGACGAUAUGGAGCAGAGGUUCCUGAUGUUCAGUUCAUAUUACGAGAGCGUGUUGAGGAUAACUUCAUCGCCUGGACAGAGCGCGCUUUUCUCGACUUACAAUUAAAGGUGCAGCACAUGCCCCUUUACCAUCCAUACCCCCAGUUUCCUCGAGAUGCUAUCAUUCAGCGCCAAGUAGUAGAAGGUGUCCACGCGGUAGUUGAACUCGACUUAAAAGCACAACGCACUGGCACUAUCUCGCUUCAGGUGUUUAAUCGCUCGGGUGGACGUGGCAGCGUUCAAUAUGACCAAUAUCAAGACCUGGAUCCAGUCACAGCAGCACGACUUGUCCUAACCCGCGUCAAGCCCCAAGUUCCACCUCAACCCCAACAUCCGUAUGGUACACAGUACCCGCCUGCGCAAUACCAUCCCCCACCCCAACCCGCAUAUCUACCCCCUUCUCACUCAGCCCAGCCUUACCCCAGUGCUGUUAUCCCUCCAGCCCCAACUGCCAGUGCUGGUGGCUCUUUAGACGAUUCCACCAUACAAAGAAUUCUAGGCACCAUAAAUGGCCAACAAGGUGCUCCCCGCGGCUACACUCCUCAACCGGCUGGGAGAGCCCCAGAUAUGAAUCCUGUUUACACCGGUCAAAUGGGAGGUAAUUUUUCUGGUCCCGCGGCGCAUAACCUGCCGCCCAACAUGGGUUACCCACCCGUACCCGCAAAUGGUGUGCCUGGUCCUUCGGGCGGUGAAAAUUCGCAGUAUGUUGAUAACAUUAUUUCCCAAUUGGCACGAUACCGACAGUAAAUUACUAUCCAGGUGGUAAUCUGUAUUUAUGGAUGGAUGCAUGAUAGGACGGCAGCAUGGCGGCACGGAGACACGGAGAUUCAUUUGAUCCCACGGCUUUUGCAUGGUUAGAGAGGUGAAUUGGCAUUGGGACUUUAAAGUCCAUACUCUCUGGUUGAAAUGAAUGAGCUUGAU